UUCGUCCUCCUCCCUUCCCCUGCCUGAUCGAGCCUUCUUCUCUCUCUCUGCUUCUGUUUCUCUCUCCUCCCUCCCUAACAGCACCGGCUUGCUUUGUAGCCGCACAUGCAUGUACUCUCUGUAACAUUGCUGCGAACCUUUUUUUCUUCUGGUUCAACAAGCAAGUAGCCGCGGUGAUCGAUCGAUUGCACAUCUUCCUGCUUCGUCCUGAGUUUUGGUGUGCGAAAGAGCAAUCGAUACGAUGGAUGUAGAAUACCACGAGUGGUCGAUCGAUGGCUGCAGGAGUACGUGAGGAACCCGCGGGGGGUGCAGCUCUUCACAUGCGGCUGGCUGCCGGCGUCUUCCUCGCCCAAAGCGCUCGUCUUCCUCUGCCAUGGUUAUGGCAUGGAGUGCAGUGACUUCAUGAGAGCAUGUGGGAUCAAGUUGGCCACGGCAGGGUAUGGUGUGUUUGGGAUCGAUUACGAGGGCCACGGCAAGUCCAUGGGCGCCAGGUGCUACAUCCAGAAGUUCGACAACGUCGUCGCUGACUGCGACCGGUUCUUCAAGUCCAUCUGUGACAUGGAGGAAUACAGAAACAAAAGCCGGUUCCUGUACGGCGAGUCCAUGGGCGGAGCCGUCGCUCUACUGCUGCAUAGGAAGGAUCCAACCUUCUGGGACGGCGCCGUCCUUGUGGCGCCAAUGUGCAAGAUAUCGGAGAAGGUGAAACCGCACCCGGUUGUGAUCACCCUCCUGACUCAGGUGGAGGAGAUCAUCCCAAAGUGGAAGAUCGUCCCAACCAAAGAUGUCAUCGACUCCGCGUUCAAGGACCCCGUCAAGCGCGAGAAGAUCAGGAAGAACAAGCUCAUCUACCAGGACAAGCCCCGGCUGAAGACUGCGCUGGAGCUGCUCAGAACAAGCAUCGAUGUUGAAGAUAGCUUAUCAGAGGUGAGGAUGCCGUUCUUCAUCCUGCAUGGCGAGGCCGAUACAGUGACCGAUCCGGAGGUCAGCCGUGCGCUCGUAGAGCGCGCAGCCAGCACCGACAAGACCAUCAAGCUCUACCCGGGGAUGUGGCACGGCCUCACCGCCGGUGAGCCUGACGAGAAUGUGGAGCUGGUGUUUUCGGAUAUUGUCGCGUGGCUCGAUGAGCGCAGCCGCCAUUGGAAACCUGAAGAACGGGUAAGAGCUCCGCCGGAGCCCGAGAAGCACCACCAGGCGGCGUCCAAGAAAAUCGCCCGCGUCAGCAGCAGCAACAGCACGGAGAGUCCGGUGUCAGCGCACGGCCGGCCUCAACGGCGCGGCAGCUUCCUCUGUGGACUAGGCGGCCGAGCACACCAGCUGCAAUGUAGGAUGUAAUUAAAUAUGGAGCACAAUCCAUUGGUCAGCUAGCUGUUCACUAAGAACUGUACAUCACAUAAGAAAUAGAUGCUCAAUAAAAUCUUGUUUCAUCAGAGGAAGUGUUGUUUAUCUCACUAUGGUUUCUGAGUUCAGGAGAAACAUUGGCUGCCUAAAGCAGGACAUACAUUUCACUUUUGAGUUUUCACAACAUGUGAUUUACACCAUAUAA